CCGUGCGAUUUCAAAUUCUGGAGAGAGAAGCUCCCUGGUUCCGGCGUGCGUAGCUCUCCGGCGAUUUCAGUGUGGGAAGCUCUCCGGCGAUUUGUAUUUAGAGCUGGUGGUAGAGGAUUUGCGAAGCCUAGAGAGAGAAUAUCUGCUGCUAUUUUCAAAUGGAGCGAGGUCGAGAUGCUCUGUGUGUUCCUCCACUGCGGUCUAUGGUUGAUCCUCUGGUUGCUAGGUGCCUUUACUCUGGCAAAGGUUAUAUGAUUCCUUUGAAUCAAUGCAUGAGCUACUCUGAGUUGUAUGAAGACAUUUUCCGUACAUUCCAGUUUUUGCCAAGUGAUAUUAUUGAGCUUCAGUAUUCAGUUCCAGGUUGUGAAGUUUGUUUUCUUCGUAACGAUCGUGAUUUCCAGAUGCUGUUUUGCUCUGCUAGAAUACAUAGGUUAGAGUGUGUCGAUAUUUCAGUUUUAAAGAUUGGGGGAGGUUGUAGGAGAACUUGUUCUGUGGAUAGUGGGUCGGAAGUGAUUGAUGAAGAUGAUUAUUUGGGUGAUGCAUUCAGGACUGAAGUUCACAAGACGUAUUUGUCUGAUGAGUGGAGUUCUUAUAUUCAUCAUGUCGGGGAUAAGUUUCAUGGUGCCGCUGAGCUCCGUGAGAAGCUCAGGAAGUAUGCAAUUGCAGUUGGUUUCGAGUUUGUUUUGCUGAGAAAUGAUUUGGACCGUAUUCAUGCAGUCUGUGCAAAUGUUGGAACCGAAGGAUGUGAUUGGCAUCUUCGUGCUUUUUCAUCAUCUGCCAAUGGUUGCCUUUACAUAACAGAGUUGAAUAAUAUUCACACUUGCAAGGGUGUAGUUAGGACUCAAAAGCACAAGCUUUUGGGAUCCAAGGUUGUCAAGACUUGCAUUGCUGCUGAUGUUAGCUAUAAUCUUUCAUUGACGCCAAGGGAAAUUAUGAGCAAGUUCAAAUCAACUUAUGGGUUUGAUAUUUCCUACAAGGUUGCCUUGAAAGCAAAGCAUCGGGCUAAGGAAGCGAUUUAUGGUUCCGAUGCAGACACGUUUAGCAAGUUAUCUUGGUAUAAGGAAGCUGUUUUGCAGAGUAAUCCCGGCUCUUCUUUUGUGUUGGAAGUUGAACCAUCGACGAAUCGUUUUCAGAGGCUUUUCGUAGCUUAUGGAGGUUGUGUAGAAGGGUUUCAAUUCUGUUUGCCUGUGUUGUAUGUUGAUGGAACGUUUGGUAAGAGCAUUUACAAGGGGCAGAUUCUGUCUGCAACUGGAAGGAAUGGGAAUCAAGUUUCUUUCAUUGUGAUAGAUAUCAUUUUUACAUUGCUGUGCGACGCUGUGAUAGGUUUCUACCCCCUAGCCAUAUGUUUUUGUGAUUCUGAGACAGAUGCAAACUGGACAUUCUUUUUCAAGCAUUUGAAGAGUCUGCUUGAACCUCAAGGAAGAGUUAUCACAUUUAUUAGUGAUCGGGGUGUUGGAUUGUUGAGUGCUUUCGAUAAGGUAUUUGCUGGUAAUCCUCAUCUGUUUUGUUACAAGCACUUGGUGGCGAACCUUGCCGGUAAAUAUAGGGGUAAAGGUAAUUCAAAAUUGAUUGAAGAUGUUAAGCAGAAGUUUUUUAAGGUUGCAUAUUCCUCUACUGAGAAGGAAUACCGUUUCAAUUUGCGGUUGCUUAGAGCAGUUGGUGGUGCCGAUAUUAUUGACCCUUUUCUUGCUGAAUUGCCUGUGGAAAAUUGUCUAUUGUAUGCUGGACCAGACAAGAAUUAA